AAUUGGAGCGUAGCCCCACUGGAAGCCAGCCAAGCCAGUGGAGCGUCUAGUGGUCUCGCUUGGACCGUCCAUGCAAACUUGCAUUCAGCAACUCAGGGAAGACAAUAUACUCGAUUCAAGAAGUCACCGUUCUUUGCUCAUGAAAGUUUGUGCUCUUCGUACUCGACGGCCCUGCAUGUAACUCAGGGAGCCUCUUAUAUCUGCUAUACGAACAUCUGGCGGCUGCUGAUGACCGCCUCAUAGCCUGCCGCAUCGUGAACUGCCAGGGUGAAAAGCUGGAGGCCCACGCACAGUCUUCGUCAAUAGGUGAUCAGUGGAGGAAAAAGGCUCGAUGGGAGUGCGCAUUGCUCUUCUUCUUUCCUUUCAAUACUGCUGCGUAUUUCGCUGAGCUUCGCUCUAAUUCGCUUUAGCCCUCUCGCACGCUAUUACUCCACCGCCAACUCUUUCCCGGACUAUGGAGCUCCGGGUGAAGAAUCGAAGAUGAAAUCACGGAUUAGAGCGAUCAAUGACCAGAAACCACGAAGCUCGAUGGGUGGCGGGCAAUCUACUCAAGCAAGAAGUUACUCCAGCGAACCCCUAUAUGAUCGACCGAGCAAGCGAGUCAAGCCAUCCAGGCCUGAACUAUCCAACACGAAUUUGUCCCGCUUCUUCCCUCCCCCGAGUUCUAUCCACCAGCCGCUAGAAGCAAUCGAAGACGAAGAAACGCAAAGCUCGCCGCAAAAGUAUCACGAUUUGACCCGAGAAGAUUCUAUGGUCGAAACUAUCGAUGGCUCAAGCAUCAUCAGUUUCGGUAGGACUGCAGGAGCUACGAGCAACCAGCAAGAGUACCGCAAUGUUCACCGUCACAACAGCGUGAAACGUCCCCGACGGCGGCGCAGACAGGAAUCCAAAAUAUCCUCGUCACCUAUCGAAAUUGAUGAUACGAGUGCCGUUGCGCACCGAAACCUUGCUCCUCAAACUUCACACCCCCCUACAAGCCCAGACCAAUUAGCUGGGGAAAAUGAGGAUGGUCCGCCACCCGCCAAAGUCACGUCUGAUGUCGUUUCUCAUCCAAAGCGGCCAGCAACAGAAUAUAACCAGAGCGCGCCAAAGCGGUUCAAGGUGCACUCGCACCAGUCUGAUGAUGAGCUUACGCCUAGAGCUCCCGGGCCCCGUGAGACAGCCAAGAAACCUAGCUUCCCGAAGCUAAUUUCACAACCGCGAAUCCAACGGGGUGACAUACAGUCUACCACAUUCAAAGCAACAAAAGCCAUGCCGGGGCGCGAAAACCUGGCUAACAAGGCAUUACCGUUGAAAGAGGUUCCCUUAGAGGCUGCAGUCUGUGGGAAGUACUCAUUCUCUCCAGCAGACAGUAUUGAGCCAGUCACCCUUCGACUUGGUCCCCACGCUGCUGAGCCCAUGCAUGAGAAUAGCGGAGAUCUCUCCUGGCUUCAAAUUUCGCGGUCUUCAAUCCAAGAUGUCAAACACAGUAACACCAAUAGCCCCAUUGUCCUCAUAGGUCGCUCAGCCAGAGCAUCUUUUUCCUGCGGCAAACUCGCACUGAAGUUUCUGACCGAUGCAGACGCCUCAUUCUUCAUCCACUGGUUGCAAGGCUUGCCAUGCCUCUCUGAGUGCAGCACAAGCAAGCUGGAUGCAACAUUUCAUUGCGCAAAGAAAGAGGCCGACGGUUACAGGACAAACUCAGCGAAGGCAUCUGGUAUAUUCUUACCGGAUGAAAGUCAUAGAGCCCACGGUUUCAGAUCCCAGCAGCACCACAGAGAUCCUUUCUUAGGUGAUCCUGUCUCGCCUGGCCUUCCUGCUUCGAAACAAAAGAAGCUCAGGGAUGGGAUGCAAAGCAUCCUUGAGCCAAACGAUGUUGUGCAAAUGGAACCACCCGUCACCGAUGACGUGUUUACAGGGUUGGCUCGCAACCAAAGGCUCGGGACUCGGCAAUCAACCAGGGAAUCUCCGCAAUCUCAACAUGGAAGAACCCCGAAACCAUGGACGGCUUGCAAUCCUGGUUGGGAGAAAAAAUGGCACAGAUCUUUGGUGUGGCCUCCAACAGGAAAGAACCGGGCAACAGUCGAUAAAGAUGAUAUUCAACGGCUGGAUGAAGGCGAAUUUCUCAACGACAAUAUUAUCAGCUUUUAUCUUCGCUAUCUACAAGCCCAGCUUGAGAAAGAGCGACCAGAGGUCCUCAAGAAGGUGUACAUUUUUAGUACAUUUUUCUUCGAGAAGCUCAGGUCAAAUCGCGGCAAGAUCAACUAUGAUGGGGUCAAAGCCUGGACUGCCCGCGUCGAACUGCUGUCAUACGAGUUCAUUGUUGUUCCCGUUAACGAAAACGCGCACUGGUACCUGGCCAUCAUAUACAAUGCACCUCGGCUUCUGCAACAAGAGGUGAAAGCGGAACCAAACAUCGAGAAGGAGUCUUGGAAUACACAAGAUGCAAUAAUUGUUGAGGAUAAUGACCCAGUAAUGAAUCGUGCGGAGAGUCUUCCUGCUGCAACAAAGCCUCCCAUUGUGUCUAUAGAUGUGGAAGUUACCCGCUCAACCAGAAGCCGGGCGAUUAAUGACAGCAACCAUUUUCUAAUUGAUGACAAGCAUACGCCGAGCAUAGUGACUCCUGGCAGAACAAGCAAACGACAGUCAACUGGAGGAAACCAGAAGUUCAGCCUUGACGAUUCAAAAAUCAUUACACUCGACUCGCUAGGCUCAUCGCAUGCACCAACCUGCAGGUGUCUAAAGGACUAUCUCUUUGAGGAAGCAAGGCACAAGAAGGGCCUCGAGAUCAAUAGUGUACCCAGCGGCAUGACUGCUCGAGGCAUUCCGAUGCAAGACAAUUUCUGCGACUGUGGUGUGUACGUCCUGGGUUACAUGGAAAAUUUCCUGAAGGACCCAGAUGAGGCUGUUCGAAGACUCCUUCACAAAGAAGACACCGAAUGGAAAAUCAACGCCCCUGAGAUCCGUGCCAAGGUGAGGAAUCUUCUCUUCGAAUGUCAAGAGAAGCAGCAUGAGCGUCUAGAAAAAGAAAAGGAGAUAAAGAGACAGCGGAGGGCAACAAGGGGUCCCGUCUCCUCACCACAGAUACCUGCCUCUUCACCACAGGUGCCCCGAAGAGAACCAGAGACACCACAAGUUAGCCGUUAUCUAACGAACCCGUCAGUAAACGGCGCCAGUGGCUCGCCCAUUGAGGCGGAUAGACAAACAGGGACCACUUCUUCAUAUUUUGCAGUCGCUUCUGCCGAGAGGCCAGGCCAGUCCCCAACGUCCAAAAGAAUUGAUGAGCCAUCCCUCGUCCAACCUCUCAGAGAGGACUCGAGCAAUGAGUCUAAGGCCUCUAGCUCAGGAGAUGUGUAUCAUUCGGCUCGAUCAUCGCCUAUCAACAGCGUACCACCUGUCCCUCCUGGGUUGACCACAGAAGUCUUGCGCGACGAGCGGCCGCUUAAGCAGCCUUCAACUCCUGAAUUCGUACACAAGUUACCUGACUCACCUGAUGACAUGGCCCCAACAGCCACUUCAUCUACUGUGAAGAGGGCUAGUUCGCCGCUGCUCUCUCUAGUAACAAGACAGCAUCCCUCGCCAGGAUCUCAAGGCAGCCAGCGAGCUGUUCUGCUCGAACAGACUGUUGUGAGAAGCAUAGAGGACGACAUGUCACCUCCAAGAGGGCCACAAUAUGACGGAGUUGAUCAGUCUAUCGACUUGACAGUAUAAAAUUAUUUUCUGUCUUCGUCGGUGAUGGCACGACGAGUUUGUCUGUGGGAACAGGGUGUCCGGGGAUUUAGCCCUUACAGCUAUGUAUGGAUUAAGAUAGUUUCAGGCGCUAUAGCAUGUUAUCACUCCAGGUCCCUAGGUUCCGGCUGCUCGGGGCGCGAAAUCGGAAGGGAAAGAGUUGACAUAACGAAAGAGAGACAUUAGAGGUGUAGAAAGACGAUCAAAGUUUAUACCCAUCACAAAGGCUUUUUCCUAUUUAACACCCAACUCCUGAAGCAUCAUCGGUCCCCAGACCUAUUCAUCCCCAAUAUGCAUGCUAAUGAUAUAUAACAUGUGGUGUGAGUUGCAGUCUCCUCCACGUCUAUUGAGUGGUUGGUUGUCAAGUAUCUAUUAUGCUUUUUUAUUCAUCUUGCUCGUCUCCA